GACUGCGCUGAUAUGCGCGAAAGUGUUUUGAUCAAUUGCAUACGUGUUGAUGCUUUUUGUAUUUAUUUUAUAUUUUAUGUAAUUUAAUUUACUUUAUUAAUUAUGGAGUCCAAAUCGGUGGACGGAUUUUACAAGGAUCAAUUCAAUAUUGAUAAGUUCUUAAAUGAGGAGAUGAAGAAGAAGGAGCUCCAGAGCAUACUCAAAGCUCUGGGGGAUUUGAAGCAGAGGAACACUUACACAAUGUCAAAUGUGCUUAAGGAGCAAACAGAUUCUGUGGUUCUGAUUGCCGAGCAACUGCAGAGUUUGUAUAAGAAAAUUGAUAGUUUAAAUGUGCCUAUAUUGCAGUUACGAGAGGAAGUCAAGAUGCUUUUAAGUAAAGUGAAUGAUGCUGUGCAGACAUUUGAUCAGCAUAUUUUGCAGUAUCAGCAUUUCGUUGAUUUUAAGUAUCGGAUACAACAGCUGUCAGCAUUUCGAAAAGUGCUAAAACACACAAACAUCCUUUUAAUGAGAUGUUAUGGGGACAGUGAAUUAGACUUGCAAUGCUUACAAAGGUUUAUUGAUAAUUAUGCUCUGCACAAUGAAAUUCUUAGAACACUGAAUAUUGAAUACACCAAUGAUGAAGAUCAGGAUGAGAAAAUAAAUUAUUUUCUUUCUGAAAAAUUCUGCAAUUCCUUUGUACAAAAUGAUAAGAGAGUAAUGAGAAUCUUUAUAGACAUGUACAUUUAUUUGAAGAGAACUGAUGAUUUAACUAAACUCAUUAGGAAUAUAAUCAAGCCAUUCUUGCAGCCAAUAUUGUGUGAGGAGAACUUACGUUCCUGCAAGAGCCUUAAUAAGUUAUACACAGAUGCAUUAAGUAUUCUGAACUUCGAGUUAUUAAAAAAGUUUGGUGAUAUAAAAGAGUUUAACAUAGUUUUGGAUUGUUAUUGGGUUGUUGUUGAUAAUCUAUUACGUAAAAAUUUGCUCAGUAUAACGGCUGCUGGCCACGCGGAUGUGUUCUUCACGAACUUCACGGAGACGUGGCGGUUCUUGGAAAGUAUUGCCGAGGCUUACGGCGACAAAACUAUAGUUUACCGGAAUGCGAGCUUCGUCAGUCACCUGAAGCGCUUUAAUUUACUAGUCUAUUACGAAAUCCGUCAUCAGGAAGUAUCGAGUGUCUUUGAAACUGCCAUUUUGCAGUGCGGCUUGGAAAAUAGCAAUCAUUUUUACGCGAAGGGGAAAAACAUGUUUGGCUUGAAAUUGCAAGUGUCUUUAGUGCUUUAUUUACAGAUAUUGUAUUUGAUACAAAGGAAUAUCUUUCUGCCUUUACUCAGUGAUCAAUUCCUCAAGUCAUUUUUGUUACUAGUCUCCAGAUACCUCAAAUGGAUUGAAAACGUUUGGAUCGAACCGACGAUUCCCAAUGAUGCACAUACGAGGGAUGUUUUGAUUUGCAUCAUGUGUGAUUUAAAUAUCAUAAUAGAAAAAUUGGAUAGUAAAGUCAGGAGUGAUCUUAGACCAUUGUUGAAUUCUUCUAGCUUAAAGUGUAUGGAAAGUGUUAUUGACACUGCGAAGACUUCGCUAUAUCGUUGUUAUAAUUCAGUUCAGAAAGUAUUAGUUAAUUUAAUCGUUGUUAACGCAAGGACUACUCUGCUAGACAUCAACAUUAUUCCCAGACUGUACAGAAGGACAAACAAGAAUCUACCAGCAAAACCAAGUGAUUACGUCGUGUCCGCGCUUAACCCUAUAAUCGAGUUUGAAAAGCAGCUGGAUGAUUCAUUCAAAGAUAAAUCGGUGAUCCUGAACAACAUCGUGAGCCAGUGUACCGAAUCCUAUACGAAUUCCUGUUCGGAAGUCUUCAGUCAAGUGUGCAAGACGGAGAGGUCACUGUUGAAAUUGAAAUCGAAGAAUGUACAAAUCGUAGACGGCAAAUGCAACGACGAAAACUCCGACAUCUCCAAGAUUCGUCAGCAGAUCAAAUUGGACUUGACUUAUUUCAAGCAACAGCUUUUUGAUUAUGCCUCGGAUGUUACAAAGGAUGAUUUGCAAGCGUUACUGUCGUUUUUUAAUAAAUUCUAGAAUUAAUAAAUAAAGC